AUGUCAACAAGCGCCUUCCAAUGCGCCCUCUCUGCUUCUCCCCCCAUGCGUGUCUCCGUAUCCAUGGUAACGAAAGCGCUCUCGUCUUCGUCGUCCUCGUCGUUGACCACAAUAUUCAUUGCGAUUUGUAUUCAAAAAGAAGGUAGUCUGAAAAAUAAGAAUGGAACGCCCAUCAACGGCAUCUUCUCGUCCUCGAACCUCUACCGGAAGAGCUCCAUCGGCCAGAGCAAGACCACCAUCGUUCCACCAUCUCCUGCGGCACCGGAGAGCCGUCCAAUGACCGGAAUGUCCAUGAGAAACGGGGGACCACCAGUUCCAGUCCCUCCGUCUAGGAGUGGAAUGAUUCCAGUACCUCCAUCCAGAUCUGGAGGACCACCUGCUCCUAUGCCAAUGUCCCGUGCUGGUGGUCCACCCAGAGCUCCAACUUCGAUGGGCGGUCGUCCUAUGACAGGAAUGGCAAGACCACCAACCACCGGAUUGAGACCGGUUACACAGCAAGGAUUGAGAGCCCCACCAUCGAGAAUGGGAACUGGAAAUGCCCGGCAAGUGUUUGAUAAGAGCUACUAUAUCGGCGUAUUGAGAGCCAAACAGAAUGCAAUAAAAGUGGAGAUAUCAAAAAUGAAAGAGAAAAGAGACAGGGGAAUAAGAGAUCGGAAUGAAUUGCAUGCAUACGAAACGAGAGCAUCUUCUCAAGCACAGGAGAUUGCAGAGCUACAGGGAAAGCUGUUGGAUUUGAAUAAGAUAAUGGAGAAGAUUCAAUUGAAUGGAGAUAUGUCAGAUAUUGAAUUGGAAGCAAACAAAAUGAAGGAGCAAGCCGAUGAGAUGAAAGCUCUUACCGAAGAAGCUUUCAAUGAGCGUGCUGCCAAGGAAGAAGAAUGUCAGCGACUGGAAAUAGAAGUGGAGGAGCAAAAGAAGCUGAACGAGGCAGUAACACAUGCAAUGGAUCCACAAAUGAAGGAAAAGUAUGAGGACUUGAAAUCCGAAGCCAAGCUUCUAAGGGAGAGAGUUGCCAAGAUGGAAGCUAGAAACGAGGAGUUGGAUGACAAACUCUCGAAUUAUGAAAUCAAAAUUCGCAGUAAUCCAUUUAAAAAACGAGCGGUUACUCUUCAAGACACUUUGGACGCUCUCAAAAAAGAAGAGGAAAAACUAAUGGAAGAUAUGCAGAAUGCGUUGACACCUGAGGCUUGGAAAGAGAAGAUCGUAGAGAGUAUGAAGCAGUUGAAUUCGGAUUUGUUAGUUAUCGAAAAACAGCACAAAGCACUGAAGGAUCAGAUUUCGUUGGCUUCAGAAGAGUUACAUGAGUAUGAUUCGCAGGGUGAAGCCCAGAUUAUGGCUCAUCACACAAAAUAUCUACAACUUCUUUCGAAAAGUGCUAUGCUUGAUGAGACUCCCGAAGACUAUCCGCAAAAACUGAAGCUUGCUCAGCAGGAGAAUGAAGAGUACGCGGAUGCGAUUGUGUUGAAUUUGCGAAAAAUUUCGGCAAACUUGAAAAAAGUGAACCUAGGUGAUCAGAUCACUGAUUUAGAUGAACGAGGUCUUAACAUGAACAGUGGAAAUAUUGAAGAGUUGAAAGAUAUGCAUGUUCGUCUUCAAGAAGAGAUAAUUUCAACGGAGGACAUGGAGUUGGCGAUAAAUGAAGAGAUUGAUAAUAUGACAACAGAAACGAAACGAGUUCAGGAGGCGUUGAAGGCUCUAGAGGAGGUUGGCGACUCCGAUCAUCAAUUACAGGAACUCGAAGAACGGAAAACGGCGUUGGAGAAUGAAGAACCUGCACUUUCCAAUGAGAGACGCCAACUGGAGGCUAAUGUAGCAAGUUUAAGAAAUGAGCUUUAUUCUGUUCCUGGAUAUGCUCAGUUCAAAGUUCUUCGCGAGCAAUUGGAUGUUAUCGAGAAGCGAGUCGCAGCUAAAAGCCUGGACCUGAACUUGAGGAGAAGCGAGAUGAACUUCGAGAGCAUUAAAGCUGAAGCUAUGCGUCUUCAGCGAGAAUACAAUCAACUGCUUCUGGCGAAUCCACAACGACGAUUUACUUGA